AUGGGCUUCGCGAGCUACUUCAAGGCUUCCACGCCAAAAGAGCCAGCCGCCAACGCCAACGCCAGCGCCAACGCCAGCAGCAGCAAAGGCAAAACCGCACAGCCCGCCAUGACGGAAAAGAACACCACCCGCAGGAGAUCGAUCCUGCCGGCCUCGACGCCGGGGCCCUCGUCCGCGGUCAAGGCCGCGGCCAAGCGCUUGUCCACGCUGAGCGCGCGGAAAGGGGACCGGACGCUCGUGCUCGACGAGAUACGGCACGAGGUCAUGGUCAAUUACCUCUACCAGCAGCAGUGCUCGCAUUUGUGGGUGGGCGAAGCCUCGGGAUUUGCAGAAGGCGUAUUGCUGAGGAAGGCGCGGGGUCACUACAUGGCGUGUCCGCCCGAACUAGGAACGUCGCCUUUCGCCGUGGCUUGCGCGGCGUUAAACGUACAGUGCGCAAUGACGGUCAAUUCCCGCGUCAUCAAGACAUUUCUCCAAUGGGCACCCGACGCCGUAGACGUGCCCCUCGCCAACGGCCUCCGCGUCCAAAUCCUACCCACGGUAGAAGACCUCCCGCGGGCGCGCAAGAACCAGUUCGCCGCGUUCCUGGCCGCCGAGGGCCUGCUGGUGGUGUGGGACGACGAGGCGCUGCACCUGGUGGACCGCGCGCAAUCGAUCGAGUCGGAGCUCAUGGACCUCGUGUGGAAGGUCGGCAACGAAGACGACGACGACGACGAUGACGACGGAGGGGGCGGCGGCGGCGGCGGCGGCAAGGGAGGCGGCGGCGGGAAAGGCGAAAAGGCGCGCGCGGCGGACCUGGACAUCGACGAGGAGAGCGGCAUGGAGAGGAGGCCCGUCAAGCUGCUCAACGCGGCGCUCGUGUCCAUGGCGCUCGUCAUCGUGGUGGUGUCGCUGGGCGCCGGGUGGCGGCAGCUCGCCAUCGAAGUCAGCGUGGACGGCAACUUUGCGCGCCUGGGCCUGCUCCUCCUGAGCCCCGUGCAGGUGUUUUUCACCAUGUUCUUCGCGCAGGUCAUCGUCGGGUGCAUCAUGCAAAUCUUUGGGCCCAUCCGCCAGCUCACGACCAACUCCAAGUUCUUCUCGGCCAAGCCGCCGCGCCGGCUGCAGACGCACGUGCUGCCCCACGUCACGGUGCAGUGCCCCGUAUACAAGGAGGGCCUCGGCGGCCUGCUCUCGCCCGACGAGCGGCAGGCGCGUAUCGACUUUUACGCGGAUCAUAGUAUCGGAUGGGUGGCGAGGCCGAAGCACGGCGAGAACGGGUUCCUCCGCCGCGGAAAGUUCAAGAAGGCGUCCAACAUGAACUUUGCCCUCAUGAUUUCGUGCAAGGUGGAGGAGAAGCUCGCCGCGAUCAACCGCCCUGCGGACUGGAACCAAAACGACGAGGCUAUUGCAUACGAAGAGGCCCUCAAGGAGGUUCUCGAGGAAGACGGCAGGGCCUGGGCCGACGGCAACAUUCGUGUCGGCGACUACAUCCUCAUCAGUAAUCGACUCCGACACCCGCGUCCCCGCCGACUGCCUCCUCGACGCCGUCUCGGAAAUGGAACAAUCCCCGACGUCGGCAUCAUGCAAUUCUCCUCGGGCGUGAUGCAAGUCGUGCACACCUACUUCGAGAACGGCAUCACCUUCUUCACCAACCUCAUCUACACCGCCAUCCGGUACACCGUGGCCAACGGCGACGUGGCCCCCUUUGUCGGCCACAACGCCAUGCUGCGCUGGAGCGCCAUCCAGCAGGUCAGCUACGUCGACGAGGACGGCUACGACAAGUUUUGGUCCGAGUCGCACGUGUCCGAGGAUUUCGACAUGAGCCUGCGGCUGCAGUGCAACGGCUACAUCAUCCGCCUUGCCGCCUGGGCCGGCGACGGCUUCAAGGAGGGCGUCUCGCUGACCGUCUACGACGAGCUCGCGCGCUGGGAAAAGUACGCCUACGGCUGCAACGAGCUGCUGUUUCACCCCAUGCGUACUUGGCUGUGGAGGGGCCCCUUUACGCCCCUCUUUCGGCGGUUCUUGUUUAGCAAUAUCCGCUUCACCUCCAAAAUUACCGUCAUCUCGUACAUUGGCACGUACUACGCCAUCGCCUCGGCUUGGAUCCUCACCGCGCUCAACUAUUUCCUCGUCGGCUUCUUCAAGGGCAUGCUCAGCAAGUUUUACCUACCCUCCUUCGAAGUCUGGUUCAGCUUAAUCGUCAUCUUUUCCGGCCUCGGCAACGUCGCUCUCGCCAUCAUGCGCUACCGCUCCGGCGAGAACUCUCUCGUGGGCGCCCUCAUCGAAAACUUCAAGUGGCUGCCCAUGCUCGUCAUCUUCCUCGGCGGGCUGAGCCUGCACCUGAGCCAGGCCCUCCUCUCGCACAUGUUCGAGAUCGACAUGACGUGGGGCGCCACGGCCAAGGAGCUCGACCAUCCAGGCAUUUUCAAAUUCUCCAUGAUUUUCUACCUCGCCUUCGUCGCCCUCAUGCCCAUCAUGGCCCUCGCUCCCUUUGUCCCCCACGAUUGGCGCAUCACCGACUUCGUCGCCAUCCUCCCUCAGGCCUCCAUUACCGUCUCAAGCUUGCUCCUUCCCAUCGCGCUAAACCCCGCGCUCAUGACGUUUUCCUUUUAA